AUGCAACCUAUGGUCAUGCAGGGAUGCCCUUAUACCCUCCCACGAUGUCAUGAAUGGCGAGCAGCUGACCAGUUCCAUCACAACAGCAGCCUCCGAAGCACCUGCCCCCAGCCUCAGGGCAGGGCAGAGCACCCCCUUGUUUCCGCAGUGGGCUUGGAUGAAUCUUCUGCUGUCCAAAUUCCUGAUCCUGACUUCCCUUGGCUCUGUCCCCAGGUUAGAGCUGCUGCUACCACCCCUGCGCCUCCUCAGGAUGGUGCUGGGGUUUCCUGCCUAAGCCCAAAGCUCUUCAACGGGUCUGUUGGUGCCGCUGGAUCUCUAGAACCACCAGCCAUGAAUCUGUGUUGGAAUGAAAUAAAAAAGAAGUCUCACAACCUCCGUGCUCGCCUUGAGGCCUUCUCGGACCACAGUGGAAAGCUUCAGCUCCCUCUCCAAGAGAUUAUCGACUGGCUCAGCCAAAAAGAUGAGGAAUUGUCAGCUCAGCUGCCCUUGCAAGGGGAUGUGGCCCUGGUGCAACAGGAGAAGGAGACACAUGCGGCCUUUAUGGAAGAUGUCAAGUCUCGGGGCCCCUAUAUCUACUCUGUGCUGGAGUCAGCUCAGGCCUUCCUGUCCCAGCACCCAUUUGAGGAAUUAGAGGAUCCUCGUUCUGAGAGCAAAGAUACCUCUCCCAGACAACGGAUUCAGAACCUUAGCCGCUUUGUGUGGAAGCAAGCAACAGUAGCCAGUGAACUAUGGGAGAAGCUGACAGCCCGCUGUGUAGACCAGCACCGCCACAUUGAGCGCACUCUGGAGCAGCUGUUGGAGAUCCAAGGAGCAAUGGAGGAAUUAAGCAAUACUCUGACACAGGCUGAGGGAGUCCGAGCCACAUGGGAGCCCAUUGGGGAUCUCUUCAUUGAUUCACUCCCUGAGCACAUUCAGGCUCUUAAGCUGUUCAAAGAAGAAUUCUCCCCCAUGAAAGAUGGAGUGAAAUUGGUGAAUGAUCUGGCCCACCAACUUGCCAUUUCUGAUGUACACUUGUCAAUGGAGAAUUCCCGAGCCCUGGAGCAGAUCAAUGUCCGCUGGAAACAACUACAGGUGUCAAUUGGUGAGAGGCUUAAACAGCUCCAGGAUGCCCACCGGGACUUUGGGCCUGGGUCACAGCACUUCCUCUCCUCCUCUGUGCAGGUUCCCUGGGAAAGAGCAAUUUCACCCAAUAAAGUUCCCUACUACAUCAACCACCAAGCUCAGACCACUUGCUGGGACCAUCCCAAGAUGACGGAGUUAUACCAAACCCUGGCCGAUCUGAACAACAUUAAAUUCUCAGCUUACCGCACUGCCAUGAAGCUACGUAGAGUCCAGAAAGCACUGCGUUUGGACCUGGUAACUUUAACCACAGCCCUGGAGAUUUUCAAUGAGCAUGAUCUGCAGGCCAGUGAGCAUGUCAUGGACGUGGUAGAGGUCAUUCACUGCCUCACAGCCUUAUAUGAACGGCUAGAGGAGGAAAGAGGCAUCCUGGUCAACGUGCCACUCUGUGUGGACAUGAGCCUCAACUGGCUCCUCAAUGUUUUUGAUAGUGGUCGCAGUGGAAAGAUGCGGGCAUUGUCUUUCAAGACUGGCAUUGCAUGCCUGUGUGGCACGGAAGUGAAGGAAAAAUUACAGUACCUCUUCAGCCAAGUAGCCAACUCAGGCAGCCAGUGUGACCAGCGCCACCUCGGUGUCCUGCUCUAUGAGGCCAUUCAGGUGCCCCGUCAGCUGGGGGAAGUGGCAGCCUUUGGGGGCAGCAAUGUGGAGCCCAGUGUCCGUAGUUGCUUCCGUUUUAGCACUGGGAAGCCAGUCAUUGAAGCUUCACAGUUCCUAGAGUGGGUCAACUUGGAGCCCCAAUCCAUGGUGUGGCUGGCUGUUCUGCAUCGGGUCACCAUUGCUGAGCAAGUGAAGCAUCAGACCAAAUGCUCUAUCUGUAGGCAGUGCCCCAUCAAGGGCUUCAGGUACCGGAGUCUGAAACAAUUUAACGUGGACAUCUGCCAGACAUGCUUCUUGACAGGAAGGGCCAGCAAAGGCAACAAGCUUCACUACCCCAUCAUGGAGUAUUACACCCCGACCACAUCCAGCGAGAACAUGAGGGACUUUGCCACAACCUUAAAGAACAAAUUCCGCUCAAAGCAUUAUUUCAGCAAACACCCUCAGCGAGGUUAUUUACCUGUGCAGUCGGUACUGGAGGCUGAUUACAGUGAGACGCUGGCUUCUUCCCCAAUGUUGCCACAUGCUGACACACACUCCCGCAUUGAGCAUUUUGCCAGCAGGCUUGCUGAGAUGGAAAGUCAGAAUUGUUCCUUCUUUAAUGACAGCCUGUCCCCAGAUGACAGCAUAGAUGAGGACCAAUACCUGCUGCGGCACUCCAGCCCCAUUACAGACCGGGAGCCUGGCCUUGGACAGCAGACCCCAGGCAGCAUGGCCACAGAAAGCAAGGGGGAGCUAGAGAAGAUCCUGGCACACUUGGAGGAUGAGAACCGGAUUCUCCAGGGAGAGCUGAAGCGCUUGAAGUGGCAGCACGAGGAGGCUGCUGAGGCCCCGACCCUGGCUGAGGGCUCUGCAGAGGUAGCACAGGACCCCCGCAAUGAGGAGCUGCUGGCUGAGGCCCGGAUCCUCCGGCAGCACAAGAGCCGCCUGGAGACACGCAUGCAGAUCCUAGAGGAUCACAAUAAGCAACUGGAGUCCCAGCUGCAGCGCUUAAGGGAACUGCUCCUGCAGCCACCCACCGAAUCAGAUGGCAAUGGCUCUGCAGGUUCGUCCCUAGCUUCCUCUCCGCAGCAGUCAGAAAGCAGUCACCCCCAGGAGAAGGGACAGACCACUCCAGAUACUGAGGCUGCAGAUGACGUGGGGUCAAAGAGCCAAGAUGUCAGCCUGUGCUUGGAGGACAUCAUGGAGAAGCUCCGCCAUGCCUUCCCCAGCGUGCGAAGUUCUGACGUGACUGCCAAUACCUUGUUGGCCUCUUGAGGGAGCCAGAUCCCCAUCCUAUAAUCCAUAGUUCUCUCCGGUUCUGGUCCAAGUCUUCCUUCAGCCUUCACCCAACCCUUCCGGCCCACAUUCCUCAGCCAGAGUUAUCUGAGCUCUGGGUAGGAGCAGGGAUCUGCUCAUAUGUGAGGUGGAUGCUUCAGGGCUGGGGGAGGGAGAGGCAUGGUUCCUCCAACUCUAGAAAUGUGCCCUUUAAUCCUCAAGUUUGAGACCAAUCCCUUACAUAUGUUUCUGUUGCAUCCAUGCAAGUGGCACUUGAAGGCCAUUCAGAUGGGGAGCAGAGAAGCUGUCUUGCAGAGCUAAGCAGUGCCCAUUAGCCCCUUUCCCUUCUCCAUAGCAUUAUGGACGUAAGGAAGCCUCAUGACCCCAGGGUUCCAGCAUUAUGAAUCUCCAGGGGUUAGCCCUCCUCUCUUCCCAACUCAGGGAGGCAGAAGGGUAUCCCCAAGACACCUCCCCAAAAAAAUGUCCCUGAAAAUGUUCGGGCAGCAUGUGACAUAUAACUUUAGUUUGACGCCAUCUCUCUGGCCAUCCUGAUGCUACCUAGAUGUUGUUUCCCCUCCGAAUAUCUUCAGUUCCUUCUGCCUCAGGCCCUGGCUGACGUUCCUCAAAGGUUGGGGGUGGGGGAAGAGUUCAUUCAGAUUCUUACUUACACUGUACCUUUGGGAACAUUAAAGACAUACUUAUGAGCUUAGUGUUUCCCCCAAUCCUCCUCCUUCCUGAAGGCCUCAGCCUCCUGAGACACCAGCUGAGUAGCUCUGGGAAUCCAGCUGAAGCCACCCUUAGCUCUUCUGGGUCUGUCCUUAGAGCCCUGGAGUAGGGGCAGCAGCUUGCUGGGCAAGGGGGUCUUGCUCUCCUUGGGUGAGGAAAGGGAAGCCACUCACUAGCCUGGAGGAGUGAGACUGCCCCACACCCUUGCAGGCUGGGACCCUUCUUUCUUUCAGGUAGAAUCAGCGGAGGUGGCUGAUUGUCCCUGGCCAAUCAUAAAACAGAUGCAAGUGGCGACCUGAAACAGGGGUCCCUUCCUAGGAGCCGCUGGCCGCAAAUCAGGAAGCUGGCCACUUUCCACCCAAACAAUAGCAAGGCCUUCCUUUGCAUAAAGCUGUUCUUUCUAACUCUGGAAGCUGAACCCGAUCCUCCAAGUAAACUAACUCUUCUUAGGCUACAGAUACCAUAAUCCCUUUAUCCAGAAACUCAUUCAGAGUAGAUAGCAGGGGAUGGGGGUGGGUGGGGGAGUGGGCUUGGGAAAUUUGCACAGAGUCGGUGCCCACUUAGGCAGCUUUCUACAAAAGGAGCUUUAUAACCUAGAGCCCUGCAAUUUACUUAAUUUGCCUAGGUUUAUAUACAUACGUAUCUAUCCUGCAGAUCUACUGUACAUCAGUACCCCCUGGCCUCACUCACAUUAAAUUCUAAAGCUCUUAAAGGAUUAAUGUUCUGCAUUGCUCUUUGUUAGCCCCAGCCUCUGGCUGGACGGAGAGAUGCAUCCUGGCUGCUCCCCUAGGAUGUCUCUCCAGUCAUGUUUGGGGUGAGCUGUCCUC